AGUGCGAAGAAGACACUUUACCCAGUGUUUACCCAGUAAUGCGCGAUGCACAAACUUUAGUUACAAAGUCCAUUUCUUUAGCUAAAGCCACAGUGACCAGAGCUUUGUCAUCGACAUGGCAGCGUUGACUCGUGUCUCGGGCUCUGUUGGCUUGAUUUCUCUCCUAAAUCCUCCUGUCAACGCACUCAGUGCUGCGGUCAGACAGGGCAUUGUAGACACUGUGCGAAGAGCUGUGAGUGACCCUCAGGUGAAGAGUGUGGUCAUCUGUGGGCAGAAUGGAGUCUUUUGUGGAGGAGCAGAUAUCAAGGAGUUUGGCGGUCACAUGUCGGGGCCUCCUUUGGUGCCGAUCUUCAAUACCAUAGAGGCUGCAGACAAACCGGUUGUAGCCGCCAUCGAAGGCAGUGCUUUGGGAGGUGGCUUGGAGCUAGCGCUGGCCUGUCAUUACCGUAUCACACAGUCCAAAGCUAGGCUAGGUCUUCCAGAGGUGAGCCUGGGUCUGCUGCCAGCUGCAGGGGGGACGCAGCGCUUGCCAAGGCUGAUCGGAGUCCCAGCUGCCCUAGACCUCAUCACCACAGGCCGUCAUUUGACUGGAGCGGAAGCCUUGAAGCUCGGGAUAGUGGACCAGGUUACCGACCAAAACACUGUGGAAGCUGCAGUCAAGUUCGCGUUGAGUAUUGUUGGACAAUCACUGGAGUCUCGCCGAAUAAGUACCUUGCCGUGCCCCUGCCCUGCUGAUAUUGAUGCCUUUUUUGAAGGGGUGAUGCAGAGGGUCAAGAAGAGUGCCCAUGGGGCCAUUGCUCCAGUGGCAUGUGUCCAGGCUGUGCAGGCAGCAGCCACACUGCCCUUCACUCAGGGCAUGCAGAGGGAGCAAGAGCUCAUGGCGACUCUGUUUGGAUCAGGACAGGCCCGCGCCCUGCAAUACUGCUUCUUCUCUCAGAGGGUGGUGAGCAAGUGGAGCAGCCCCAGUGGCAGUCGCUGGGACACCAGCAAGCCUAAACCUGUCACAAAGGUCGGCGUCAUUGGUCUGGGCACUAUGGGCAGGGGUAUCACUGUGGCCCUGGCUUUGGCAGGACUGUCUGUGGUUGCUGUGGAGACACAGCAGCAGCAGAUGAUGGCAGCGCAGCACGCAGUGUCGGGCAUGUUGGAAAGGACGGCUCGGAGGCGAGGAGUGUCUUUGGUGGGGGAUCAGAUCCGGUACAGUGUGGAGCUGGAGGCUGUGGCAGACGUGGAGCUUGUGAUUGAGGCUGUGUUUGAGGACAUGGCUCUGAAGGAGAAGCUCUUUAAGCAGCUCUCCGCUUUGUGCAAAGCAGACACGCUGCUCUGCAGUAACACCUCGAGUCUAGACAUAGACCACCUGGCCUCUCAGACCCACAGUCCUCAGCUUGUAGUGGGCAUGCAUUUCUUUGCCCCGGCACAUGUCAUGAAGCUGCUGGAGGUGGUGUAUGGGCCACGGUCUGCCCCUCAGGCUGUGGCCACUGCUAUGGAGCUGGGGAAGAGGAUGGGCAAAGUCAGUGUGGCAGUGGGCAACUGCUCAGGCUUUGUGGGAAAUCGCAUGCUGAUGCCUUAUGUGGAAGAGGCCUCAUUUCUUGUGGAGGAAGGGGCCAGCCCUGAGAUUGUGGACCGUGCCCUGGAGGAGUUUGGUUUCCCCAUGGGGGUGUUCAGGAUGUCCGACCUGUCAGGUUUGGACGUGGGCUGGAAGGUACGUAAGGCCAGAGGUCUGGUGGAGCCAGGGCAGAUGAGCAGGGUGCGUCAGGGGCGUAGAUACAGCCCUCUGGGGGACCUGUUGUGUGAGCAGGGCCGCUUUGGGCAGAAGACAGGCAGAGGCUGGUACCUAUAUGAUUCAGCUGGCAGCAGAGAGGCCCAACCUGACCCCUGGCUGCAGAGUUUCCUGGAGGAGUACAGAGCUCGCCAGGGGCUGGUGUCCCGCCGCAUCGACUCCCAGGAGGUGCUGGAGCGCUGCCUGUAUGCUCUCAUCAAUGAGGGCUUCAACAUCCUCCAGGAGGGCAUUGCAGCAGGACCAGAGGACAUCGACAUGAUCUAUGUGUUUGGCUACGGUUUCCCUCGACACCGCGGGGGGCCCAUGUUCUAUGCCAGUCAGGUGGGACUAGCCCAAGUCCUACAGAGACUGGAGCACUACCAGCAGCUGCACCCGGAUAUACCUCAUCUCCGUCCCAGCAGUCUGCUGAGGAGGCUGGUGUCCAGCGGCAGCCCACGCAUCCAGAGGUGGAGAGAGAUCAUCAGGAUGCCACACAGUUCGCUUUAACACACAUCCUCUGCUGAUGUUUAUAACGAUUGAUUCUAUAACUUCACUGUAUGAAUCAACAUAUAAUGCAAUGCAAAUGUUGCAUCAUUAUGAAAUUAACUCAAUAGCCUAAGAUCUCCUAUGUAUUAUUAAUGUUAAUAUGUAAAUUAAUGUGUAUGAAUACAAUAUAUAUUUUUCUGAGUAAAAUCUAAUAAAUAAAAUGUAAAUGCAU